UCUUAUUUCUCACCGCAUCUCCCCCACCACCUGCCACAGCAGCGACGCAGCGAUGGAGAACCGGCGCAAAUGAUUACAAGCUCACGCAAGACUUCAACUGAGAGAGAGGGAAAGAUAAAUAAAAGCCAGACGAGUAUAGACGGAUAAAGAAGGAGACGUAGAGAUAAAGCAACGGAGAGACGUGCGGAGACAGAAACAUAUGCUUCGUGCUUUCUGAGGACUGACGAGCCGAGCUGAAACUUAUUCAACCACCGCGAUCAACUAAAAGGCACAUUUGUUCAUUCCAUUUUGCCACUUUGCAUUAUUCCGUUGCGUCCUCUCACCUGCGCGAGACUGCGCUUAUUCACCUCUGUUUCACUAGUUUGCACAGGGUGGAUUGCGGUUGUUGCACCUCCCUGAACGCGCGCACGCUCACACACACACACACACACACACGCACACACACACACACACGUGCACACGCUGGUCAUCACAAGACGCGGUGCAGCCCACGAAAAGCUUCUCGCGAGGAGGAGAUUGAAUUGGACACCUUAUUCGCACAGGAGAGGAGGACAAGAGCGGCUGGCUCUCUGCUUCCCUUCAUUUCCCCGGCUCACCGCGUCUCCUCCGGGCCCAACAGGAGUCUCAUAGACCCCCUUCUCUUCUCCUCCCCACCCUCCCCUUCCCCCGGUAACAAUAUGUCUGGACAGACAGUGACCAUCCCGGACGACCGGGCGUUUGCCAGCUUCAAGGCGGAGUGUCUGUGCGAGGAAGGCUGGAGUGCGAACCACAACAAGGGGGGCAUCACGGUGUGGACCCAGGGUCUGGAGGAGGGGAAGCCCAUCCACAAAAUUAAGUGUCGGAUGGUGUGUAAGGACGUGUCAGCUGAGACCAUGUAUGACGUUCUCCAUGACAUUGAGUACAGAAGGAAAUGGGACACAAACGUCAUUGAGACCUUCGAUAUCGGGAAACUUACAGUCAAUGCGGAUGUUGGUUACUACUCGUGGAAGUGUCCAAGUCCCCUUCGGAACCGCGAUGUCAUCACGCUUCGCUCCUGGCUGCCAAUGGGGAAAGAUUACAUCAUCAUGAACUACUCUGUCAAACACGCCAAAUACCCUUCUAAAAAGGACAAGGUGCGAGCUGUGUCCAUUCAGACUGGCUACUUGAUCCAGAGCCAGGGACCAACCGACCACUGUACCCUCACUUACAUGGCCGAGGUAGAUCCACGAGGUUCGUUACCCAAGUGGGUUGUCAACAAGUCUUCCCACUUCCUUGCCCCCCGCGCAAUGAAGAAGAUCAACAAAGCCUGUUUGAAGUAUUCAGAGUGGAAGCAGAGACACAACCCUGGCUUCAAGCCCUGGCUCUACCCCGAACAGACUACAUUACCCAGCAUCCCACUCUCUGAGCUCAGCAUCCAGAAUGCUGAGAGCCUGGAGAAUAUUGAUGAGAGCUGCCUGGCUGAGACCCAGGACAGAGAAGACAGCGACUAAUGCAUACUCACCCACACACAUUGUCAUAUAUUCAUACACACACAAACAGCAAUGCAGGGUUACAUGCAUGCCUGAUACACAUCCACAAUUACACUUAUAUAUAUGUGAUUCUAUAUUUAAGUAUGUGUAUGCACAUUAUGUUGCAUAUGCAGGCAUACUAACAGGCACAUGUAUAUAAUUCAUGCACAUAGACAAACUCAUUCUUGACCAACUCCAUCCAUACACACCAAGCCACUCACAAGGGGCACCGAAAACUACUUAUGUCGACAAGUCUGUAAAGUCAUAUUCAUUGUAAUCAGAAAGGCUGCUGUUAAUAUGAUUUCAUUCCCCUUCAAGAGAAAUCAAAGUUUUCUAAUCAGGACCUAUGCAGGGUAUCGUAGCUAAAUAUAUUCUCAGUAAGAUUUACUGUUGAAAUGUUUACAGACUAACCUCAGAUUGGACAACUGUCAACUAGCUCUGAACAAAUUCAAAUAGGAACGGUGGAUUUCAGUAUGAUACCCCUUUAUCUGCCAGUUAUGUAUACAAUCUAUCUAGUGUACAUCUCAGUGCUCCCUCCUCAUGGUCAUUUACACAUAUGGAGACAUGUCAUUCAUUGAAACUAAAUGUAUGCACUCAGACAUGUAUACACACCCUGAGUGUCAUUCUGCCCAUGUUGUCUCCCAGUCACUCAUUAUGUGUCUCCAUCACAAUUUGUAAGCACAUCAUACAUAUGCAGGUGUGCAGAAGGCAGCUGGAACCCCCAACCUGCAACCCUUUCAUACACACACACAAACACACACACAUACAGAUGUUACACACGUACUGUCUGCUACUCUAAUUGAGAGAUGUAUGAAUGUAUGUAGAGUUUGAAAAUUAAAAACAUAUUCCUACAAAGGUUUUCAAAUUU